CAAAUCUGUUGAAAAAAAAUAAUUCAAGUGAUAAAGACGGCAGGUGGAGAAGAAACCGACACACUUGAAUGUGAUUAUAUUCAGUCAAAACACUGUAUUUGUUUUGGAAACCGGACAGCACUUUGGUUUUGUUCAAAUUAACAGAUAAUAUAACGCCUCAGGUUAGAAAACGUUAUUUUAGCACCGCUUGGCAAUUCAGCACAAAAUUGAGUAUUUUUAGAUAUUUGCAGCGUAUGUAUACACGAGGUAAUGAUCGCUGUGGACACAAUACGUAAUGCAAUUAUGCAGUAAACCAUCAACCGCCAAAUAUCACAAGAUCCUGUGUUAGAGUUACAGCAAUCCAGAGCGCUCCGAGCCUUCUAACAGUACGUGCUUAUUUAAGCUUCUUUACGCCUGUGAGGAAAUUAGAGGCCUGCGACUUUCCAGCUGUCACCCAGAGUCAUCUCUUAAAUACAUAACACAGGGUACAUUAAGCAUUUUCAAUGAUGACUAGCAAGCAAUGUAUUUACGUGUAUAACGGCAACAAUAAUCAUUAUCUACAUAAUUAUUAUAGUCCGUCAAUGAUGCUAAUACCAAUAACAUGCUCAAGCCUUACAAUCAGAGCUGACAAAUGUUCUAUGUAAGAUUUAGAAUUCUACUGCAAAAAUAAUUGGUAAUUGUACAGAAAAUUAUUCUCAUCUAAGCUUACUAACAGCAGAUUUCACAAUCGUUCGUGUAUAAAUUCGUAUUUCAUAUAUGAAAAUACAUACCUCUAAAUUUCGCACAUCUAAAAUACUCCGAUGUUUUUUUUUGGACACGUUCAUUUAAACUUGUGUGCAUCUUCCGAACAGUCACGUGUACAUAUGUGUCGUUUGGUUCAAAAUACGAGCUUUGAAAAACAGUAUUUUUAUUUACAGAAGAAAGCAGUAAGUUACACACAAAGUGUAGGUGAGGCUGUUUUCGUUUUCGACAUCAUUGCACUCUGUUCUUUCUCGGUUACAAAAACAGUCCGGUGGAAUGUCUUAUUGAACUCUAAUUGGCCGGCUCCCGGUUCUGGACUGAUGAGGCUGUUUGUAAGUUUACUGGUUGUACGGCGAGUACCCUGGGGAGUGAUGGCUCUGUGGAGCGGUUUCUAUUGGCCAGCGGACAAUCAGCUGGUUAUAUUCGCUGCUGUCGCUUUUGGCGCUUAGCCACCUAGAAACAAACCUUGGGCGACCACUAAUAGUUAUAGCCAGAUGUACAAACACACAACAAAUCACAAUAGUUCGGUUUGUGGCGCAAAUGAGUUCGUUUUUUGUGAACCCAGCUUUCCCUGCCUCCCUUCCCGCUGGGCAGGAUUCUUUCCUCGGACAAAUCCCGCUGUACACAUCUGGCUAUGAUGCACUCAGGCACUUCCCAGCUCCUCAUGGACCCUCUGCGAUUCCAGACAAGACUUUUCCACCCCCUUGUUUCUAUCAGCAACACAACACUGUGUUUAACACCAGAGCGCCUUAUGAGUAUGGGCCGUCCUGUUAUCACUCAGACAAGGAUCCAGUGAGCGUUUACCCCGCGGGCAGCGACAAGCAGGGGGCAGGCGACAGUUGCCUGCAGUUCUGUGGUGACCAGCACUGUAAACCGGACUGUACACAAAGCAAAAUCUUCGGCAAUGAGCCCCCCGACCGGAAGUACCCUGCAUCAGCUCACCCGUGGAUGCAAAGGAUGAACUCUUGCAAUGCUUCAAUAUAUGGAUCGCACGGGAGACGUGGGCGCCAGACCUACUCCAGAUACCAAACUCUAGAGCUGGAAAAGGAAUUUCAUUUUAACAGAUAUCUAACUAGACGCCGUCGUAUUGAAAUCGCUAACGCUCUCUGUCUAACAGAACGACAGAUUAAAAUAUGGUUUCAAAAUCGACGCAUGAAGUGGAAAAAAGAGAACAAAAUUCUGAGCUCAGCAGAGGAGAACAGCGAGGAAGUCAAAGAGAAAACAGGGGAGUGCUCUGUGUAGCCCGCUUGUGCUUGUAGGC